GUCCCUAGCGAGGCGGGAAUAUCCCCGCCAAAUCAUGAACAAGGUGGACGAUCGAGUCAGAUCACCGGGAACAUCACGAUCAUGUCUGACCGUUACUACCAUGUCACUUUCCAUCUCGCCAUCUAGCCCCGAAGAACCUGUUACGCUGGUGGAACUGACCAACGUGCCGGGCGGACAGAAUGCGAUGGCUCAUCUCAAAAAGCGGAAACUGGAAGCAGAGUCGGUUGCGCAGAAUCCUAAACAAACGCAGCAGCCGUCGCAACAGUCGCAGCAGCAAUUGUUGAUCGGCAAGAAGGGCUUGCAGACGAGCACGUCGCAAGAGAUGGAGAUGACUGACGCCGCGACGAAGCGGAGGAGGAAAAGCGUUCGUGACGAUGACAUACGAAAGACGAUCGAUGUUGUUGAUCCUAACAAAAAUAUACCCUUGCCCCAGAAGAAGCGCGCAUUUACAACGGGUAACUCGGGUAGUCCUGCUAGGAAAUCAAGUAAGCACAGCGAAGAACCCGAAGACGAUGAAACUCUGAUAAGAGAAACGGAAGCCGCCUUGAAAAGUCUAUCAGGCAGUUGGCCGGGACCUAGAGGAUCUUUAUAUCAAAGAGGCAAUUCAGACGAGGAUAGAUACGAGUCUAAUUUCGAAAAUCUUUUCGAGGAAAAGAAAGAAAAUCCUAAAUUGUCGCCCUCAUCAAUAUCAACGUCUUCGACUACGAGUAAUGACACUGGUUGUUCGUUGAAGGAUGUUAUAACUCUUCGCGGACAACAGGAUCGAACGGGUAAGUUGCAACAGCAGAAUAAGCAGCAGGAUUCGAAACAACAGCAUCCAACUAAAAUUAAGAAAGAUUUGGACAAUCUGCUGAAGAUAGAAAAUGAAUGCGCCAACAUUCAGUCUCAAGUCAACAACGUUAAUCAAAACGAACCGCCGAAAAUUAGACCAAUUUCCGUUCGCUCGUUAUCAAGUAAAGAGAGGAACGAGAGGAACGUAGUGGUGAGCGCACAUAUUGACCCUCAGGGAAGGAUAUCGGACAAAUAUUCAAGAUACGAUCCACCGGACUUCAACGAAUUAGUCGAUGAUUCGUCCAACGAACUAGAAAUUGACAUGUCGGAUCCGGCCGCUGACAAGGAUGAGGGCGAUCGGGACAGAUCGAAUGACCGAGAACGGGAUCGGACAUGCAAAAACGGUCAAUCACCCCAAAAUAUUAGCAGACAGCAGCAGCACCAACAGCUUUACACGAAUUAUCAAAGACAAUAUAACGAUACCAACAUGAAAGUCUCAUCUACGGGAACUUCAUCAUCCUCAUCGACACCAGCGAAUUCUCCGUUUUCAGCAACAUCUGCUUUUAGGCCGCCUAAUACGGACCACUCAAAAGCAUCGUGUCGUAGCUCUUCGUCGGUCCCAGUAGCAUCUUCAACGAUUCCACCAAUCGGCCCGUAUCCAGCUGCCGCCACAUUCGUGGGAUAUCCGACGCCUGGCCCGACGAUGCCAACACCGCAGCCUGUAUCCGGUAUCUCGCCCGCAGCCGAUGACAAGCACUCAUCUACAGUGUCACUCUUACAACUGAAAUCCUCGAAGGAGGAAAGUCAUCAUGUGACAACCCACGACGUAGCUACCAAUUCUGUACCUCCCAGCAAGAGUCCUACCAGCGGUCCACCUUCCGUCACGAGUCCCGAUUCUUCGAAACAAUAUACAAUCCUUCAGCCCGCGGGAGUGGGCUCCAGAGCAGCCAGUGCGAUUCAGGAUAUCGCGAGGGAAGGAGUGGUGAGUGUUGCCGCUGUUAGCAGCUGCACCACCGCGAACAACGGCAGUGCGAGUAAUGUCAACACCGCGAAUGCGAACGGCAAUGGGGUGGUCGGUAAUAAAACUACCAACGGGAACAACGGCGCUAAUGACAGCAACAGUACUACGAAUCCUGCCGGGAAUCCUAAUGCAAACAGCAUCACCAGCAUAACCAUUACAACCGUGUCGACGACCACUACUACGUCUAGUCCGACAGUCCCUGUUGAUGUACCUUCGACGAACGGCCAGCAGGACAAUGUCAUGAAAAUGCCAGAGAGACCCGGCACCUUCGAUAGUAGCAGGCCGGGAAUGUCUAUGUCUCCGUCCAGUCUCGGCAGAGAGGGCAACAAGUGCCCGACCCCAGGCUGCACGGGGCAGGGUCACGUGACCGGACUCUACUCUCACCACCGCAGCCUUUCUGGAUGUCCACAGAAGGAUAAAUUAACUCCAGAGAUUCUGGCGAUGCAUGAGACCAUAUUGAAAUGCCCGACGCCUGGUUGCAACGGUCGCGGUCAUGUCAGCUCCAAUCGGAACACACAUAGAAGCCUGUCUGGAUGUCCCAUUGCCGCGGCCAAUAAGCAGGCCGCACGCGAGGCACGACAAAAGGUUCAAGUGCCGGGAAUACCACCGGAAUACAUCAGCACGAAUUUGUUACCCCCUUCAAUGGACACGAAGAGCUAUUCGCAGUACGGUUCCGCAACGCAAGACACGAAACCUGUACUAAGCAGUUUGACCUACGAUUACUAUUCGACAAAAAACGCUGUGAUUAAUGUGAAGCCUCCGAAAACGCCGGAGGACAACAACACGUCGCGUCCCGCGAAGGUGCCCAAGACAGAGAAUAUGACUCUUAGCAGCAGUUGCUGCAAUACAUUAUCUAUGAGGAAUCAAAAUACGGGUGAGUUGUUGGUCCCCAAGACGGAGGAUGCUGCGUCUUGCAGAGUGAAUUCGCCUCCGCCACCACCGCCUCCUGCAGUACGACAAACGUAUGAUUCUUACAUGAGCCAAGAUUCGAAUUCCUCAUCCAUGUCAUCCAUGGACGCGAUGGGUUCGAGGCCAUCCAUAGGAGCGACAAUCCAUCAUCCAAGCCAGCAUCCGACACAUCACGUUCUGCCAAUGCAGCCCGUCGCCUAUCCGAUGCCGAUGGUGGAAGAUACCAGGAUGAGCCAUCAAAUGUCCCAAAGGUCUCCUUAUGAGCCUAGCGCCAUGAUGGCCGCCGCAGCGGCCGCGGCAGCAGCCGCAACCACCACAGAAGAGCUUUAUCAUCAUAGAUCGGCCGAACACGCGAGAGCGUACAUGCAUCCUGGUACCAGCAACAUCGCACGACCAGUAGUGACGUAUUCCAACGACAUAGCUGGCAGAGGCUACGAGAAUGCGGUAGUCAGUGCAGCCAAUCAUCGACCUUAUGAUCCCGGUACCACUGCGACAUACGAGAGAUAUGAUACGCAGUCUUGCGCACCUAUCCCGUCUCAGCAACAGCAACAGCAACAACAGCAGCAGCAGCAGCAACAACAGCAGCAACUUCAUUCAAGGGCAAAUAUGUACUAUCUGGGACAAACCGGCAUGACGCCAGAGGAGCAAGAGCGAGUUUAUCAUCAAGAAGCUGCGGUAGCUGCUCAGCAGCAUCAAAUGGCGAUGGCCGCCGCCACGGCAGCUGGAAUGAUAAAGACUGAAGAUGUGAAAUGUGUCACGGUCGCGCAAAUGCAGCAAAUGCAGAAACCCGGUGGACCGCCUACCUCGCCCGGGGGAUCAGUGAUGGAUUUGUCUACCUCCAGUGUUACGUCCACUAGCCCGCAGGCACCACCCUACGGUUCGAACAGCCUCAGUCCACAAUAUGGAGGAGGGCAGACGGUGGGAAGUAGUCCUCAGGCUGCAGCGAGUCCCCACUUAACGGCUAGUCCUCAAGUUCCUAGUCCCCAGGGUCAGACUCUCGAUCUUAGCGUCAAUAGACUCCACAGCGGUGCACCCAGUCCGCAGUAUUCUACCGGCCAUGGGGAAGCUGUCGCGGUUCCAGUGGGUCCGGGUUUUCCAGCUCCACGACCGAUCGAAGAACAAACGGAGCCCGUUGAUUUCUCAACGGCGAACGAGCCGGUCAAUUUCAGCGGGGGUCCGGGGAUCAGGCCUGUACCCGGGUUUCCGCCGCCUGGAGUGCACGUCACGGCGUAUAGUCGCGAAAGCACACCCGACAGCGGGGGUUCCCACUACAUGGACGCCUACCGAGAUCCCACCGGUUAUGGACCCAUGAGUCCUCAUCCAGGAUACGGGAUGACCGGCGUUCAACCCGAAUAUCCCGGAAACACGUACACCCCUUACCCAACUGCAGGUUAUAACUGCGGUGGAACUUACCCAGGCGGCCCAGUGACUUCCGGUUAUCAGAUUCCAGCGGGUUACACUCCGGCACCAUGUUACAGCAUGCCGCCCCCACAGCAUACGGUUGGACCCCUUGAUAAACCAUCUGGCAAGGACGACAGUAUGAAUGUGAGGAGAUACUCGUUGAAUUUCGCACCUCGGCCCACCCCUCGUGGUCGCGAUGGCAAGGAGCUGAUACAGUGCCCCACGUCGUCCUGUGAUGGCAUGGGUCAUGUCUCAGGGAACUACGCUACCCACAGAAGCCUUUCCGGGUGCCCACGGGCUGAUCGCUCGCAAAUCCAGGCGCAUUCCCAGGAGCUCAAGUGUCCUACGCCAGGAUGCGACGGUUCUGGACAUGUCACGGGAAAUUACUCGUCACACAGAAGUUUAUCCGGUUGUCCACGGGCCAACAAGCCAAAGAGUAAACCUCGAGAUGGUCAAGAUUCUGAGCCCCUGAGAUGUCCAAUCCCGGGUUGCGACGGGUCCGGCCAUGCCACCGGCAAAUUCUUGUCGCACCGCAGUGCAUCUGGGUGUCCAAUUGCAAACAGGAAUAAGAUGCGAGUGUUGGAGUCUGGUGGCACAGUCGAGCAGCACAAGGCGGCCCUCGGUCACAUAAACGGCUCCUUCCACAGCCACAGGUCUUUAUCGGGCUGCCCGAUAGCCAGCCACGCCGUGAAGAAACCGAAACCGGAGGAUAACAUGAGCAUGUACAGCAGAGGAAUCACCGGGUUGGAAGCCGGUGGUCCGGCUCACGGGGGUGCGGUAGGCACGGGUCAGGGUAACUCGAGCGGUAGCGGGACCGCCGGUGUCCAGAGCGAGGAUCUCUACACACUGGAGGCUGAAAUCACCGAGCUCCAGAGAGAGAACGCCCGGGUCGAGUCGCAGGUCUUGCGCUUGCGCUCGGAUAUCACCGCCAUGGAGAAUCAGCUCAAGCAUGGAGAAAAGGAAACGACAACGAUAACUCAACGUAACAAUAAUUUGACCGAGUACUAUCAGUCGCUACGCGACAACAUGAUCACUCUGCUGGAGCAAGUGCGAAUACCGAACGCCCCGGGCGGACCGCAGGAGAAAAUAGGCCAUGAGAACUUCGAUAGUUACCUGACGAAGUUGCAGACUCUGUGCACCGCCGACGGCUACUGCGCCGACGAGAGCAACCGGCCGAUUUACGAGACGGUGAAGACCGCCCUGCAGGACUUCACGGUCCUGCCGACACCCAUCUGAGACCAUCCUUAAAGAUCGACGAUCUGGUACUGAGCGUCGCUCUCGGGACUCGCGCGACCAAGCGAUCCGGCGUAUUCGUGACGCGGAUCGCAAGUCGUUCCGCUCUCGUCCACUGGAUACUACGAGUGAACGGAACGGUGCGAGAGAACGGUGCCCAGUUCCCAUGAAAAUGUAGACACAUAUAAAUCGACACGAGGACGCACGAAAGGGAACUGCGUCGAUCGUGACUGAGCACCGCGGAUCGGCCUAUCGACCUAGGAGAAACCCGGCUUCGUGACGCGUGUGACUCAUCCGGAUAUUGUGGAGAAUCCGGCCGUGCAUCACACACGUAUCUACAUGUGUACUUACAUCGCUCGCGUGAAUUUCGGACUACGUCACUUGGCGACGUCAACCUUGCGAUCAUUGCACAUGCGAUCGUCGGGUGACGAUUGUCGGUGAAAGUCGUCGUGGCCGGUCGAGCAUGCCGACCGGCUCGUAGGCUUGCGCUUAGGAAACGCUAUAACGGCAUCUAACCACCGUACCGGCGUAAUGACGACUCCAUCGGGGCAAUCGAACUAAAUUAAACAGACUAUUGUUUACGGGGCAACGUUGGCCCCCGUAGCGAUAUAUCUUUUGUACAUAACGAUGUCUGCGUCAAGUAUCAUGAUCAACAGCGGCCGUUAUCGCCGCUUAUGUACAUACACAACGGGAGAAAUUGCGUUUAUAUAUUAUUCGACAGAUUGAUGGUUAAGUCGCUCUAUAAGUCGUGUAAAAAUGAUUAAUUUAGCUGUAUAUCGGAUUCUUGCCACAUAACACGCUGUGUAAUUGUUAUUACCGUUUAAGCGACAGGUCAGCGCGCAACUUUACGGAGGACCGGUGCGCGUCCAUCAAUGACGUUUCUCUGCUGAUGAAAAUCCAAAAGCUACGCAUAAACCAAUCUAUCGACUAACUAUUUACCAG